CAGCUUCCCUAGCUCCUGGAAUUGGAGUCGUGCGUUAAACAAGUAUUCUUGCACGGAAAACUUACCCAGCAAAUAUUUGUUUAAAACUUAAUAACUUGAAGGUACAAUUAAGCGUGAUUUUGUAAUUAAAAGGGUUUUGAGCAGAGCAGGUUUACAAUUUGGAAUGAAAUGAGAAGUAAUACAUGCAAUAGUAAAUGAGGACGCCUGGUGGCGCUGCAGGCUAAGAGUGUGAAUAAUGGGCCCUGCGGAUGUCCUGGACGCCAUUGAGAUGGGAAUCAGAACUCUGAAAGCUCCCCCAAAGAAGGAGACACAUCAGGUGAGCUCCAGGAGACAGAUCCUCAGAGAAAGCAUUAUCUAAGUAUAUGUCAGAGAGAAGUAUUUACUCAAGAUUAUUUAACCAAAUCAUCUCAGUGGAUUGUAUAUCGAAUUGAAGGAACUGCCAUUCUGAACGGAUUUUAACAAUGGAGACUGCACUAGCAAAACCACUCCAGAAAAGGCAAGUUAUUUUUCUUGCUAUGCUAUUGUUUUUGUGGGAGGCUGACUCUGAGGCAAUUAGGUAUUCCGUGCCAGAAGAAACAGAAAGUGGCUACUCUGUGGCCAACCUGGCAAAAGAUCUGGGGCUCAGGGUGGGGGAGCUGGCCACUCGGGGCGCGCGAAUCCAUCACAAAGGCAGCGAACAGCUCUUGCAGCUCAAUGUAAAGACCGGCGAUUUGCUUCUACAGGAAAAACUAGACCGGGAGGUGCUCUGUGGGGUGAUAGAACCCUGUAUAUUGCAUUUCCAAUUGUUACUAGAAAACCCGGUGCAGUUGUUUCAAGUUGAUGUGCAACUCACAGAUGUAAAUGACCAUUCUCCAGAAUUUCUGGACAGGGAAAUGCUCCUUAGAAUCCCAGAGAGUGCCCAGGCAGGGACAGUGUUUGCUUUGAAAUCAGCUCAGGACUUGGACAUGGGUAGUAACAGUGUUCAGAACUACACAAUCAGCCCCAACUCCAAUUUUCGUGUUGUUACACACAAUCGCGGAGAUGGCAGUAAAUACCCAGAGCUGGUGUUGGGCAAAGCUCUGGACAGGGAGGAACAGCCUGAGCUCAUUUUAACCCUCACAGCGCUGGAUGGUGGGGUGCCACCCAGGUCUGGGACAGUCACAGUACGCGUUGAAGUGGUAGACAUCAAUGAUAAUGCCCCCAAAUUUUUACAGUCACUGUAUGAAGUACAGGUUCCUGAGAACACUCCCAUAAACUCAUUAGUUCUCGUUGUCUCUGCUCGAGAUUUAGAUGCAGGAACAUAUGGCAGUGUAGCCUACACACUAUUCCAAGGCGGUGAAGUUUCUCAACCAUUUGUAAUAGAUGAAAUAAAAGGAGAAAUUCAUCUGCAAAGGGCAUUGGAUUUUGAGGCAACUCAACAUUAUAACGUGGAAAUUGUAGCCACAGACAGUGGGGGCUUUUCAGGAAAAUGCACUGUGGCCAUAGAAGUGGUGGAUGUGAAUGACAAUGCUCCUGAACUAAUCAUGUCAAAGAUCAGCAGCUCUAUCCCAGAAAACUCCCCUGAGACUGUAGUUGCCAUUUUCAGCGUUUCUGAUCCAGACUCUGGGGACAAUGGUAGGAUGGUUUGCUCCAUACAAAACGACCUCCCCUUCCUCUUGAAGCCCACAUUUAAGAACUUUUACACCCUGGUAACAGAGGGCCAGCUAGACAGAGAGAGCAGAGCCCAGUACAACAUCACCAUCACAGUCACCGACUUGGGGACACCCAGGCUGAAAACCGAGCACAGCAUAACCGUCCUGGUCUCCGACGUCAACGACAACGCCCCUGCCUUCUCGCAGACGUCCUACACGCUGUCGGUGCGCGAGAACAACAGCCCCGCCCUGCACAUAGGCGGCGUCAGCGCCACAGACAGAGACUCAGGCAGCAACGCCCAGCUGACCUACUCGCUGCUGCCGCCCCAGGACCCGCACCUGCCCCUCGCCUCGCUGGUCUCCAUCAACGCGGACAACGGGCAGCUGUUCGCGCUGAGGGCGCUGGACUUCGAGGCCCUGCAGGCGUUCGAGUUCCGCGUGGGCGCCACAGACCACGGCUCGCCCGCGCUGAGCAGCCAGGCGCUGGUGCGCGUCGUGGUGCUGGACGACAACGACAACUCGCCCUUCGUGCUCUAUCCGCUGCAGAACGCCUCUGCGCCCUGCACCGAGCUGGUGCCCAGGGCGGCAGAGCCGGGCUACCUGGUCACCAAGGUGGUGGCGGUGGACGGAGACUCGGGCCAGAACGCCUGGCUGUCGUUCCAGCUGCUCAAGGCCACGGAGCCCGGGCUGUUUGGCGUGUGGGCGCACAAUGGCGAGGUGCGCACCGCCAGGCUGCUGAGCGAGCGCGACGCGGCCAGGCACAGGCUGGUGGUGCUGGUCAAGGACAAUGGCGAGCCGCCGCUGUCUGCCAGCGUCACGCUGCACGUGCUGCUGGUGGAUGGCUUCUCGCAGCCCUACCUGCCGCUGCCGGAAGUGGCGCCCGAUCGCGCGCUGGCCGACUCGCUGACAGUCUACUUGGUCAUCGCCUUGGCCUCGGUGUCGUCGCUCUUCCUCUUUUCGGUGCUGGUGUUUGUGGCGGUGAGGCUGUGCAGGAGGAGCAGGGCGGCGCCGCUGAGUGUGUGUUCUGUGCCUGAGGGCCACUUUCCUGGUCACCUGGUGGAUGUCAGUGGCACUGGGACCCUGUCCCAGAGCUACCAGUAUGAGGUUUGUUUGCCUGGAGACUCUGAGACUAGCGACUUCAAGUUCCUGAAGCCCAUAUUCCCCAAAUUACUUCCCCAGAGCUCUAGGGAAGAAAUUCAUUAAAAUGCUAUCUUCAGCAAUAGUUUUGGAUUCUAUUAAUCUUAUUAUAUUGCAAUACUUUUUUACUAUUUAUCUCUAAUAUUUUCUGGAUUAUGAGUUACCGUGUGUCAUGGGGAAAAAGUCUCCCUUCAGGUAUACCUUUGAUUUCCCUUCUGUAGUAGAUUUUUUAGCUUAAAUUUAUAUUGUCCAAUGUUGGAAAAAUCAAUCUUUCUUUAUUACAUUUAUGCACUGUCAUUACAAAUUCAUGCUAAGGGUUUUUUUCUGAUAUUUUUAGUCUUCUUUUUGCUAUUUGCUAUGCUAUGCUAUACUGGCUUAAUAAAUUCCACUUGUAACUUUUCCAUAUGUCCUACUCAUUCUGUGUCAUCUCACUCCAAGGAUUUUAGAUGUUAAAUUGUAGAAAAGAUUACCUCAUUUUAUUCAUUUUGUUUUCAAACGAAUACAUAAGAUAACAAAUCCCAUAUGUGGAAAGCAUAAUAAAAUGCAACAAUACCUUUUGUUUUCCAACCCUAAGCCUCCUUGGCAAACAUUUUUUGAAAAAACUUAAUUUAUGUGUAGCAUACAGAAAGAAAAGUGAAAGUAAUGUUCAGCUGGAUGUAUUUUCACAUAGCCAAUAUAAUUGGCACUAGCAACUUGAGAAAAUGGAUCAUUUGUAUUGCACUCAGCUCAAAUUACUUCUUCAAAUCACUGCUAACCAGUUUAUAAAUGAUAUACUUACUUCCCACAACAUAAUUUAUUUUUUCCUCUUUGAACUUAUAUAAAUGUAGUAAGUAUGAACUGAUUUGUGUCUGGUUGCUUUUGCUCAAUAAUAUAUGAAAUUUAUUCAUAAUUGUUUUAAUUUUUCAUUCUCA